AUGCUCUGUUUGAAAAUCAAUAGAGCAAUCAGCUCAAUUUUUUUCACAAUUGAUCAAUCAAACAACCAAUCCAAUGCUCCGUUAAGGAUCAAUCCAACAAUCAAUCUAACUCCAUGUCCAAAGCACAAUGCAAGUCUUUUUGAACCACUUUCAAAAUCAUUACUUGACUCGGAAUCCAGGUCACAAUCGGAUUCACUAUCCGAGUCACUGAGCAAUGUCAAAAGCUUGACUGCACGUAGUAUUGUGCAUGCUCUUGGUAAUCACCAAUUUCAAAUCAAACCACAGCCGAUUCAAUUGUCAGCAUUGGAAUCAUCAUCAUUCAUGUUGAAGGCGAACAGUGAAUUCCAACAAAAUCGACAAAUGCAAACACAAUCGACAAAUUGUUCGCGUUUUAGCCGUAGAAAUCCCAGUUUUGACCAGCCGAAGUUUUGGCUUCGGGAGAAUUACUUUCAAUUCCCUUAUAAACCUCUGCCAGUUGGCACUAUUACAUAUCGAGAAACCAACAUGACACCAGUCACCUUCUUGGCGGGCGUGCGUUUUGCUCAACUUUAG